GAAAUGAAUACAAUAGUACUGACACUUAACAUUGCAAAAAGUGUUGUCACAAAAUUGCAAAGACAUUGUCACGAGAAAGUGUGCCGUACAAGUGAGUUUUUAAGUCUGUAAAAACCAUUCAAACUGGAUACUUUUAGCAAUGGAGAUGCAAAAAUGCAUGUCGCCGUCCCCCUUACCAUUGAGAAACUGAACAAGUUCCGCAAUGACUUCUAUGCUGAUCCAAAGAAUGAGCUGGCACAGAAUGUAUGCACCCGUUUUGAUCCAUUCGAAGUGGCCAUUAGCAGACGGAAAGCAGACAGCAGUCUACAUGUGUACAAUAUUAAGAUCGAAUCAGAAGGUAAGCCGGUGACAAACCAGGAGAACUCUGGCCGCUGUUGGCUGUUCGCGGCGCUCAACGUUAUGCGACUGCCCUUCAUGAAGAAAUACAGCCUUGAGGAAUUUGAGUUUUCACAGAGUUACUUAUUCUUUUGGGACAAGAUCGAGCGCUCUCACUACUGGCUGAACAACAUCGUUUCCACCGCAAAGGCGGGCGAACCCUUGGACGGAAGACUGGUCAACUUUUUACUCAAAGACCCUAUAAACGAUGGCGGACAAUGGGAUAUGAUAGUAAACCUGGUGAACAAGUACGGUGUGGUACCCAAGAAGAUAUUCCCAGAGUCAUUUAGCUCCAGGCGUAGUCUGCACAUGAAUGCACUCAUUAAGACCAAGCUCCGCGAGUUCGCCAAAGAACUGCGAGACAAAGUGGCGGCAAAUGAGUCAGACGAAAUGAUACAGCAAGUCAUCAACAAACAGAUCGCAAUCAUUUACAACAUCGUUGCUACUUGCUUAGGUACCCCACCAGAAACAUUCACUUUCGAAUUCUACAACAAGGAAAAGGCCUAUAACAAUUUCGGCCCCUUAACCCCUCAGGAGUUUUACAACAAACAUGUCCGUCCACUCUUCGACGUUGACGAUAAGGUGUGUCUAGUAAGCGACCCGCGAGUAUCAAAUCCGUUCGGAAAUCUAUACACCCUGCAAUGCUUAGGUAACGUGGUCGGCGGUCGGCAGACGGCGUACAACAACCAACCUAUUGAAACGCUCAUGACAGUUGUAAAAGACAGCAUUGCGGGCGGUGAAGCUGUUUGGUUUGGCUGUGAAGUGUCCAAAAGAUUCGAAAGGAAAAACGGACUAGAAGAUUUGGAUGCGCAAGACUACCGUCUAGUGUUCAACACGGAGGUACAAAUAGGGCUGCCUAAGGCGGAUCGGCUGCUCUACGGUGACUCAUGUAUGACGCACGCUAUGGUCUUCACUGCUGUUGCUACUGAUGAUCAAGGUAAACCGAAGAGGUUCCGUGUAGAGAAUUCUUACAGCGACAAGGAGUACGACAAGGGUUACCUGCUCCUCACCGAACUUUGGUUCAGAGAGUUCGUGUUUGAGGUGGUAGUAGAUAAGAAGUACGUACCGGCAGCGGUUCUAGAAGUAUUCAAGCAACAGCCCAAAGUGUUACCAGCCUGGGACCCUAUGGGCACUCUAGCCUGUCCCAUUUGUUCCAAGGAGUAACACAGGAUUCCUUUAAGCACGUUAUGGCAUACUUAAGUUGAAAUGCCCAAUUCUACCUGAACUAUAAUAAUGUGACGUACACACCAUAUCAGCAUAACUCUUAGCAUUGACAUGUAUCUAUAUUAUUUGGCUGUAGGUGCUAAAAUACAUGGUGCUUUGAUUUCCUACAGUAACGUGAUUCACAUAUUUGUGUUUGUUUACAAUUUUGUUUAUGUAGUGUUAAAUUAAUUUUCUACGUGGAUUUUUUAACAACACAACAUGAUAUACUAAUUUACUCACUUAAUACAUUGCCUGCCAAUCUGAAUUUGUCGUCUACCUUUUUUUUUCUUUGGCCUUGCAAGCGUGUAGACACACAUUAUACAAUAAUUUAUUCAGGUUUCUCAACUUAGUAUAAUAUCAGCUUACCUGUCGGACCUAGGUUUUAAUUUAUUGUUAGUGUACACUUAAGAAUCACAAAAAUAUAUUUUAUACAGAUAACAAGGUACUUAUACACUGCAAGAUCUCAAAAUCUUUGGUAAUUUCACCUUAGAAUUUAGAGAUUUUAAAUGCCAUAGUAAAUUUGUGUUCACGUUUCUCACAGUUACCAUUGCUGUUCUUAUAUUUA